UGACUGAUGUGCCUGACGUGAAGAAAGAAGACCUCUUGACCAUCCUGUUUGAUGUCUUGUGUGCGUACCAACUAACUCUCCCUCUUUCCUUCACUCAAACUACUUAUGACUUCAGUCGUCUGCCACAUUUGAUAUGUAAUACCGAGUCUCCAUUGAUAACUGAUGCAAUUGAAGAGAGAGCUGUGACAUUUUUACUUGCAUUCCCUGAAGGCAAGCUGCGUGGCUUUAGAGAGGUCAGAGGUGAAGAUACAUCCACUGUUCUCUUGCUGCUGAAACAUCUAACACGAUCUUCAAGCAAAUCAGAUGUACAUGCACUGAAAACUAAACUACUGAAUAAGUUCAUCAAAGAGACUGGACUGUUUGCUCACACGGAAUGGGAGAUUGCUGUUUGGCUAGACACCUUGACCACCUUCAAUCAAGAUGAAUCCCAACAAAUUGUGGAUGUGUUCUACAAGUCGCUGACACAAGCCAUACGGAAUCCCUAUCCAUUCAACGACAAAGUAAUUGAGGCUAUGAAGUCUUCACAUGCAAGUUACCAAAGUGGACAAGGGGAAUGCAUGAAUAAUGAUGAUGCCUCCAUGACUGACAUCCUGACAUUGAUAAAACACACAACAUCAUGUGACCUUAAUGGAAGUGACCUCAUUACAACUUUGGAGAAUCAACCAAUGACUGAAGUCUUACAUACUGAACCGAUGCCAUGCAGUGCGCUCAUGCCUUCUGCUCUUCAAAUCUUUUGUCAGUUGGAAAACAACACCCAAAGUUUGUUCGGCCAAUAUGUCUCACUUGUUGCAUUGAGUAUACUUGAGAGACAAGACAACCCAAUAUCAGUCUGUUUGCUGUUACAUCACUGCGUGUUAGUGGAGGGAAGUGAUUUGCAGCAUAAUCUGUACUGGCAAGAUUUCAUGAAGUACUAUGGAUUGUGGCUGCCACAUGUCUUUGAGAAAAAUUCCCUUUAUAAGAGGAUUAAAUCGUCAUCGAUGGAUCGCAUAGCCAUAAAGACCAAAAAGGACUGGAGAUCAGUAUUACGAUCUUCAAUAAUGCAAAAUGUGGAACUGAGUGUUAGUGACAUGGAACUACUGUUACAAUGUGACCAGACAGAAUUGUUAUCCAUGACAAGACUGUUACUGAUGUACAUCAACACACUGCAUAUCCUAAAACCAAAGAAUUUCCUGGCUGUUUUGUGUAGUUAUCUCAAGAUGAUUGAAAAUUCUCUUGAACACAUCGAGCCUAAGAAGGAUAAGGAGAACAAACACAACACUGAAGAAGCCAGGAACAUGACAAAAGAUGAUACGCCUUCAGACAUUGACUCAAGACAUGAGGCAUCAGAUGAAUGGUGGACUGACAUGGCGGGCCUAGUAUUGCAACAUGCAGUCUUUAGGGAGACAUUCAGCCAUAGUGCUAGAAAUUUCCAGUACGAGAAAGACAGAUUGCAGAUAUUGGAUGUCAUUACAUCAUUCUUCCUGAAGUGUCUAAGAUUGUUUGAGUUGCACCUCCCAAAUGACAAAUUGACAUCACUACUUCAACCCAUCUUUAAGGAGUCAUGUCAGAACUACUUGAACUUUGUCAACCUAGAGAUGAAUGCAAAGAAAGCAAACACAAGACAAGUCAAGCACGAGUUUAGAAGGGUCAUGGAAUUAUUUGAGGCGAUUUGUGUUUAUAGUAAAGACUUGGAACUUAUUGAGGCUACCACAAUUCUACUGCAGAGUUUGAACAGCCUGGAGAUAUCAGAUGCUUAUCCAGGGAGUAAGCAGUAUUUCAGAUCGUCACUUUGCCGUUUGCUUGAAAUAUUGGCAGAGAGACAGAGAGCUCUGAAAUUGAAACAUUCGACAAAUGCUGUAAUCAGAAGUGAAGCGGAUGUGUUAAGCUUCAGCGACAUUUCAACAUUAGUGGAACUAGCCCAUAAGUUUGAUUGUGAUCAGAUGGUUUCUGUACUGUCACAGUUUGUGGAAAGUAAUCACAAGUUGGUAUCGGUUUUCACCAAGUCAUCAUACAUAGACUGGCUAAACAAACCUUCUCAGACUAUAAGUCAACUCUUAUGCCAGUUAGUGAAGUUUGGCAGUGCAGAACAGUUGCAUUGGUUUGAGGUUUGGUGUGAAGAGAGCUCUACACAAGAACUAAGUAACAAGAAAGAUAUCUUGCUUCCUGUGGUAUCGACUUACUGUAAUCACAGCUCAGCAAGUAACUACUUUGUUUUCAUUUUGUGAUGUGCUAGAAUCGUA